CCGGGGGCGGCCGAGCGGAAGCCCGCCCCCAGCCGCCCGGCAUCCAGGAGCGAGACAGCCACGGCCAGGGAGGGAGGGAUGCGCCUCGCCCUGUCCGACAGCGGCGAGCAGAAGCCGCCCUUAAUUAGCAAUUAGCUCGUCCCCAGUCAUCCACUCCCCCCCUUCCCCUCCGGCAAGCACUGUCCCAUGCACGCCGACCCGCCGCCGGCAGCAGCGGCCGACGGCUUCUCCCGCGGUGCUGGCGUGCGGGUCGCUUAAGCCAUGGGGAAUGGGAUGAACAAGAUUCUGCCUGGCUUGUUCAUUGGCAACUUUAAAGAUGCCCGAGAUGUAGAGCAAUUGAGUAAGAAUAACAUUACGCACAUUCUUUCAAUCCAUGACAGUGCCCGCCCUAUGCUUGAGGGAAUGAAGUAUCUGUGCAUUCCUGCUGCUGACUCACCCUCGCAGAACUUAGCAAGGCAUUUCAGAGAGAGCAUCAAAUUUAUCCAUGAGUGCCGGCUCACAGGUGAAGGCUGCUUAGUUCAUUGCCUUGCAGGUGUCUCCAGGAGUGUAACACUGGUGGUUGCCUACAUCAUGACCAUCACAGACUUUGGUUGGGAAGAUGCACUGUCUGUUGUCCGUGCAGCGAGAUCCUGUGCCAAUCCAAACAUGGGCUUCCAGAGACAGCUACAGGAGUUUGAAAAACAUGAUGUUGAUCAGUUCAGGCAGUGGCUGAAAGAAGAAUACGGGGAAAACUCUUCUCAGGAUCUACAAGAAGCCAAAAAUCUUCUGAGCAAAUAUAAAGAGCAGGCAGAGUUGCAUCAGACUACCGGAGGAAGACAGUGGAAUAACAACUUCUCAUCUGUGCCAUCUCUCUCAUACAGCAACUACACAACAGAGACCUAAUUGUAGGAGGUCGAUUUUCUUCUUGCUACCUUUGCAAAACAUCUUGCUGUGUUUUCCAUCCCAUCUUCAAAACUUUCAGCAGUAAACCAUGCAAACAGUUGAUUUAUAGAAAGCUUCUUGAUGACAUUAUGUGUGUGUGUGUAUGAGUGUGUUUCACACAGUUUUAUAAUUCAGGCAGGAUCAAGCUCUGUUUAUGCCCAGAGACAGGAUCCAGUUACUGUGGCUGAGGCAGCUUGUCCGCCAGCCACAGCUGUUAUCCCCUUAUGCUCAUGUUGCCUGGCAUUUGGUGUGAGGUUAGCUCAACUCCUCUUGUUGUAGGCUAGCAAAGGGCUUGAAGAAAUGAAGUCCGGUGAUUCAAGCUGUGGCAGUUUGUUAUCUCUGCACUAUUAGUGUGGGAAAGAUGUUAUUGCACCUGAAAAAGGGAACUUAAGUCUGUGUGUCUGCUGCUCCUGUUCACAGUCCAUUGGCAAGUAAUACUGUGGAGGUGGGUUUGAACUUGAAUGCUAGGCUGCAAGCUGGAGCGGGUGAGAUGUGAGUGCACGUACCUUUCUACAAGCAGUAGCAUCUAGGAGAGAAGUGGGACAGACAGCUCUGAGUAAUAACACCUUCAACUGCCACAGUCAUACUUGCUUCAGUGCACGUGAGACGGGGCUGUCGGUAGAACUGCCACAGACCAAGAGCACCGAGCCUGUUACCACAGCUCAGCUGAUGUGCAGUGAUUUAAGCCAUGGUCCCUUGACUGUGCAUCUGGUCUCCCAACAUAAGCUUCUCUGGAGAACAGCUUAUCAGGUCUCCAGUGCCACUGAACUUCAUUCCCCAUGGAGCACGUGCCUCUUCACACACCCCUGCGCACAUGAUAACGUGUCUCCAGAGUGGGCUCAGUGUGAGUGCGAGCACCUGUUUCUUUGCUUGUGCUGUGGUUUGCUCUUUGACUUCAGCUACCUCAAAAACGCUGUUCUUGUCAUUGUGGUUGUAAAUGCAACCUUGAUAAUUGCCUUGUGUAAUCUUAAUCUGACACGGAGUGAAGUAAGUGGGUGCGUGAGUGUGAGUGUGCGUGCGCAUGUAUAUUUCACAAAUGUCUGUAUUUGAGAAGUUUAUUGUUUUCUUUUAAAAUUGCCCAUAUUUCUCACUGGUUUAAAGAUUAAAUUGUUGGAAUUCAACUUUCUUGCCAUUUAAACACCACUAUGUAUUUUGCUGUGAUCAAAUUGGUAGGAACGCAUUUGUAAAAUAUAUUUUAAACUAGGUUAAAACUAGGGGCCAUACUCUGCUCUUGGUAACAUUGUGUGUUUCUGGAAUGGAGCCAUUACCUGACUCAAGUGGAUUGUAAGAGUGUGACUUCAAACAUGUCAGUAGGAAUGCUGUGCAGCAUAUUGAUUUCUGAUGGCGUAAUGGGGGGUGACACUGAUGCCAAGAUAAUGAUUUCUUGUCUUUGACUUGGAGGAUGGAAGGCCCACUCUUCUUGAAGAUUCCAGAAAAUAAAAAAUACCUCCCAAACAGCCAAGAUAGAAAACCAAAAACAACCCCCUCAUUUGUUCAGAUGUGGUGUAUAUAUCAUGCUAAAAGCUGAGCACUGGGUGAGAAGCAGUAAGCAUACUAGAUAGACUGUCGUCUCUUUCAGUUUCUUCAGUACCCUGACCUCCCAUUCUUCACAAGAUUCCUCUACAUGUGAUUUUCUGCUUGCUUUGGGUGGCAGUGAAUUCUUUGGAGGAGAGCAAGGCUUUUGGGUCAAGUAAGCUCUGGCUGUUAAAUAUCUGUUGUUAAGUAUCUUAAAAAAAUAUGUUAUGGCUUGUGAAAUACGGGUCGGGCAUAUCAAUAGUUGCUUAAAAGGAAAAAAGGGAAUGGGGCAAAACUGGCCUGACCAUUUCAUCUGAGUUCAAGCCUGCAUCAGGGUUCUCAUUGCACUAACUGCUUUAAGUGUACUAAGCAUGAUGAGAGCAGGAUAAUCAUAUCUGUGUUGCAGUAAGGGAAGUUGGAGUUGGGAAAAGUGCUGGAAUUGACCUUGUUUUCAAGCUUGCAGCUAAAUGAACCAUUGCCAAAUAUAUGGAUAUACUGUAUAUUUGGUACAUCCAGCAAUUGCUGCUCUGUGUUUGUCUGGUAAGAGAGGUAUUUAGCUGCCCUUGAAUACGUUGAUCUGCAAAUAAUUGGCUAAGAAUUCCAGCCCAGCAGUGUCCACGUUGGUAGUCCCUUCCAUGCUCUGAGAGCAGAUGUGGUAAUUGGAAAAUGUUUUCCUCGGUAACAGGGUCUGACACAUGAUCAGGAUGCGGGUCCAUUUGUUCAACCCUCUACUCACAAUAGGAUAUGUAGGGCAACUUCAGCCCAUCCCCAAAGGGCAGCUUUGUCAGAAGUAUUCUGCCUGUGGUCUCACAGCCAGUCCAUCCUUUAGCUGGCUGCUGACACUGUAUCCCAUAACACUCCUGGCACUCUAGUCUUUGCAGUAGUAAUCCUGUGAGUGCUGGUAAAUUGGCAGUUGUUUUUGCUGUUCUGGCAAAUAUAAGGCAGAAUGGGAGAUAUCUAUUAAUGUUCGUGUGUCCAAGAUUUAAUCUAUACUGUUUUUUUUAAAAUAGUGUGGUUAUCCCCAAAGAGUCAGUCUCACAAAUAGGAUUUUUUUAGAACUGAAUUUGGCUUUAGGGCCACAUAGCCACAUCAACGUGCAUUAUGCUGCAGCUCGAAAGCAGAUACAGGGUAAAGUUGAAGACAGAGGGAAUGCCAUAUUGUCAGCAAGUGAAAAUGCUUCUCUCUUCUUAAAAGAUGGAAGAGGUAUUUUCUGUAGUCUCUUGCUUCAACAUCUUGUUAAGUGGUCUUUAUGAACUGGGUACUGCAUGUAGGAGCAGUAUAAGAGCAACAGCAGUCCAAGAAAACUUGAAUGUGGUUUGUCCACGUAGAGAGCAGAAUGAUAGUUUACUCCCUAAUUACCACAGGUGCAGGAAGAGAGAGUGACUACAGUUCUCUCCUUUUAGCGAGGGAGAGGAGCUAACACAGACUGAGAACAUGACAUGAUUUGUCUUCCAACAAGCCUUUCAGUGGCAAUUUGUAGGACUUUCCAGCUAUCUGGAACAUGACUAGACCCAAUCCACCUCUCAGUAGUUGGCCUUUGUAGUGUAGAUGAUGCAUUCAGUUAUUUUGUUUCUGUACUUCAAAACACUGUCCUCAUUUUGAUGUUCACUGGAAAAUGUAUAAAGUUUAUAACACCUUACUGGAUAUCCAGAUUUGAAAUGUAUAAUUGAUUUUAUUUUUUUUUUUUUGCGGGGGGUUAAACUUGAUAUCCAUGUGUGAUUAUAAGCAGAUGUCUAGUGUUAUAGAAUGUAGGUAAUGGGUAAAUGCGUUAUUAGUAUUUAUUACUCUGUUUUUUUAACCUGGAAAAAGUUGCUUCCUUACAUUUUGUGGUUGAGUGGGAAGAUAUGGCAAAUCAUAUCUCUGUUUUUUAAAAAGGACAAUAAUAACGUUGUUUGCUACUACUGGCCACCACUUGUAGAGAUGUCAGUGAAAAAUUAUAGCAAUUACUUCCACUAGUUUAAAAACUCUAAAUCUGAUAAACUUCUUGAUUCUGUCUUCCUCUUCAUGGGCAUCUUAGCGAAGCCUUGACUGCUUUUUCCAAAUGUUUGUAUUUAAUACGUUCUACAAUUUUUUUAUAAAUAAAAUUAAAUGUUAAUACCUGA